CGCUGCUUGUCCGGCUCGCCUCACAAAUCUUUGACAAUUUGAAGAUGGCGUCUCCUUGGUCGCGCGUGCGAUGGACUUGUUUGGCGAGAGCGAGCAACUCGAAUGUCUCGCGACUCGCGACUUUCGUGUUCGCCAAGCAACACGAUGGAACUCGGACGUUCCACUCGCAUCAGCAGCAACAACAGCAACAGCAACAGCUGCAGCAUGAACGAACAGUAUUCAGUGACGGAGCGAGAAGACUUCUAACCUGUACUGCGUUCGUCGCGGCGACAGGUCUCGGUUAUGCCUUGUACAACUGGAGGGAUAACAUCCGACAAGGAAUCAAGAGUCUCGUUCCGAUUCCUCCCGUUCGUGCCAUCUCUUUGUCUGACGGCAACCAGAAAAGGGAUAAGUUUAAUUUUAUAGCGGACGCGGUGGAGAUAUCUGCACCAGCUGUUGUGUACAUUGAGAUCAGGGAUGGCAGUAGAAUAGACUAUUUCUCAGGGAAGCCAAUCCUUACCAGCAAUGGAUCAGGAUUUAUCAUCGGUCAGGAUGGUUUAAUAUUAACAAAUGCUCAUGUUGUAGCAAAUAAGCCUCAUACAGCAAUGAAAAUACAGGUACGGCUUCAUGAUGGUAGUACAUAUUCUGGAACAGUAGAAGACAUUGAUUUACAAAGUGAUCUUGCUACUGUGCGAAUAAAUAAGACCAAUCUGCCAACAAUGAAACUUGGUUCUUCGGCUAACCUCAGACCUGGAGAGUUUGUAGUGGCUAUUGGUGCCCCGUUGAAUCUUAGCAACACUAUAACAAGCGGAAUAGUGAGCAGUGUAAAUAGACCAAGUCAAGAACUUGGUAUAAAUAGCCGAAAUAUGGGAUUAAUUCAAACGGAUGCAGCAAUCACUUUUGGAAAUUCAGGUGGGCCAUUGGUGAAUUUGAAUGGAGAGGCGAUAGGCAUAAACUCAAUGAAAGUGACAUCCGGCAUUUCAUUUGCUAUACCCAUAGAUUAUGCGAAAGAAUUCUUGAAGAAAGCGGAGUUACGAAAAAAAAACAAAGAUGUAUUACAUAAAGAUACACCCAGGAGAAGGUAUAUGGGCAUCACAAUGCAAACUCUAACUCCAGAAAUCUUAAAUGAGAUGCAACAAUAUUAUGAAUAUAUGAAUGUCCGACAUGGAGUUCUUGUAUGGAAAGUAAUGAUUGGAUCUCCGGCUUAUAUUGCUGGAUUGAAGCCUGGAGAUAUAGUAACGCAUGCUAACGGUGAGCCGGUGCUGGAUUCGAACAAUAUUUAUCAAAUCUUAGAACAACCAGGAACAAUAAAUUUACAAAUUUUAAGAAAAGGGCGAACUUUACAUAUACAAGUCGAGCCUGAGGAUGUAUAGUUGAUUUGUUAAAUAAUUUUAAUUAAAUGAA